AUGAAGAAUUCGCUUCAUACUUUCGUCGUCUCUCUCGUCUCUGUGAAUAAGAUGACGAACGAACGAGACGUACUCCAAACCUUCCUGAGCUCGCAUAAUUUAUCGCACUUAUUUCAAAACCUGGUUGAAUUCGGCAUCGACUCUUUGGACGCGUUGAAAUACGAGCGAGACUUGCGAGGUUUGUGCGAGGAUAUCGGGGCGAUGGUUGUGGACGCCGAGCGGCUCGAGCUGGCCAGGAAGAGUUUAUCAUCAGAGGAGGAGGAGAACGUGAAGAAACGAGAGCCUGAAAAGCUUAAAACCACGAGCGCGAAAGAAGCCAUCGAACAAGCCAAGCUCGCGAUGAAAGCGAGGACGGAGAACGUGAGCACUUCUGAUGGACAACGAAAGUUACGGGAGAGUCUGUUGGAGAAGCAAAGCGGGGGAGUAGGGGUCGGAGAACGACACCAACACGGAAAGAUCGAGAAGCAGUUGACGAAACACAUCGAACCGUUUACGCGAGAAGAAGUCGAGAGAAUGCUCGAACAAUGCAAAAAGAAGAUGUUCUUUACGAUUUUUAAGCUUCCGAAAGCACCCGUGGAUGAUUUGACGGGGAAGUGCGAAUGGAGAGGGCAUCCGGCGACGAGCGGGAACGCGGUGUUGUUGGAGAGCAAGAUGGUGCAGAUGCGAUUGAUGAAGACGAAAGAGGUUGAUGAGAGCUUAGGAGACGCGUGUGAAAGGUGCACAGAAGAUAUCAAAGAAUUGACGCGCGUAUUUAGCGACCAGAAGUUACGGAACUCGAUUUUGAAGAGGGAAGUGGAGAGACGAGUCGAGGAGUUGAUAGCGGAAGGGAAUGAGGAUUUAGCGGGUGGGUUUGUGACGGUGACUGGAAUUCAUUACGGCACCGGAGCCGCCGCAGCGGCAGCAAAACAAGCCGAGGAGGAGGAUUUCUCCGAUGUGUACGGCGGUGAAGGCCCGAGAGCGUUGCGUUUUCCGGGCGCGCGUUUGCCACCAUCGGCGAAUGAAGAUGGAUUAGACAAGAUUGACCGAUUAUACCGCGACCUCGAGACGAAUAAGACAACAACAAAUAGCAGAAAGAUUGAAGACGAAGAAACGAAGGGUAACAACACAGAUAGCGGGGUAGACUUAGAAGCCAUUAGAAACAAGUUGAAAAGGAAGAAACCAAAGUUCAUGUGA